ACUAAUAGUUUCAUAGAUACAGCUGUGUAGCCAGCAGGUAGCAUAGGGGGAUAGAGGAGGAAGGGACAAAGUUCUUGGGGUCUCGAAAAGAAGAUACAAAAUAUCUAGUAGUAGUUGUAGUUGUUGUUGGUGUUAAGUGUGGCAAUAAAGUGCAACGACAUCGACGGCACUGGCUGACUCGCUCGCCCCCCCUCAGCGUCCCCAUAAUGUUAUAGCGGGGUCCGUCGCGAUUGUACGGACUGUGAAUUUACAUGAUGCAGCAGACCACAGUGAUAGACAGGAAGAGACCGAACCGCGACAAGUUUUUCCAAGAGCGUCACAUGGCGACUCGGGUGACGACAGAAACUCGAACUGUCUAACAGGGAAGAGAACACAAAUUCAAGAAGGAGUUUCGACCAAGCACUCCAAUUGAAGAUUUAUUUGUACGUGUGUAUUCAUGCACAUAUCUGGAAACAUGAAUGGGUUGGUGUAUGUGAAGCAGAAAUAGUGCAGGCCGUUCUGGUGUCCAUUAUGCUUGAGGAGGACAUUAUGAACUGCACCAUCAGCCAUGAAAUCCACCAGUACCUCUUUUCCUUUGUUUAUAUCCUCGUACUCUUGGUGGGUGUUCCCUCCAACCUAUACUCUCUGUACCAUGCAGUGCUGCAGCUGAAACAAAAGAAUGAAUUGGGGGUUUACUUGAUAAACCUCACUGUGUCUGAUCUUUUAUACUUGGCGUCGUUGCCUCUCUGGCUCCAGUACAUCUUUCAGGAUGAUGACUGGCGUCACAGAGAAUGGCUGUGCCAGUUGUGUGGCUUUCUUCUCUAUGAGAACAUCUACAUCAGCAUCGGCUUCCUGUGCUGUAUCAGUCUGGAUCGCUACCUGGCUGUGGUCCACCCUUUAAGGUUCACCUCCCUCCGUUCCAUGGGUGCAGCUUCUUUUUUUAGCGCCAUCAUCUGGCUAAAGGAGAUUGCGGUCGGGGUUGUUUUCUUCCGUCAUAAAGAACUGAGUCAAAACCCCUACAACCAGUCGGUGUGUUUCGAGCACUACCCCAUGCAACCCUGGGAGUAUCCAGUCAACUAUUACCGUUUCACUAUUGGUUUCAUGUUUCCGCUGGCCAUUCUGCUGGUCAGCUACUUGUGUGUGCUUCGUGCUGUGGGCCAGAGUGCAGGCACACAACCAGUUCAGAAGACCAGAAUACGGCAGUUAGUAAGCAGCACCAUCCUCAUUUUCCUCAUCUGCUUCUCCCCUUACCACAUCUUUUUGUUAGUUCGCACCGUACUGGAGCGGGACUGCAACUUUAUUACAGGGAUAUUCAACUACUAUCACCUGGCGCUGUUGUUGACGUCUCUGAACUGUGUGGCUGACCCUGCUCUCUACUGCUUUGUCAGCGAAAGUGCCCGCCACGGCUUUUUCAGGGCCAUUUUUCGACCUGCGACCAGGGUUCUCUGUUGCUGCCUUGGUAGCGGCAAUGCCGGUCUACCCAACGUCACCACGGAUUCCCACGAGGUCCCGACUAGAAUCUCUCACACGAGCAACACCUGCAAAAAUACGAUUUCAAUCACUGCAGAUGAUAAAAAAACAAUCAUACCAUUAACUUUACAAAAUAGCAGUGAUGGAAAGACUGUUGUUAAGGACAACCUGAAGACAGAGAGAAGAUCUCAUACUAUGAAGUGUUAUCGUUAAGUGAAUGGAUCCAGUGAACAAGCAUCAGGCAACAAGUAUCUAAUCUUCAUGGUCAUGUGUUUACAUUUAUUGUGUUGGCAUUAAAGUGGCAGUUCCUUCCACACCAUACACUACAGUAUACUAUUUAUAUUAACGCAUACAGCAUCUUGGUCAAAGCUGCUGCCAAGUCUUAAACCACCCCCAUUCUGUUUGCACUUCCUUGUGGACAGGAAGGGUGGGCAAUAAGACACAUUUGGAUUCCAUACCAAGCAAAUACUGGGGCCAGUAUUGCAGAUACCUACCUAUACUAAUACGAACACAUUCUACUUGAAAUCCCAUUGAAUUAUUUUGUGUUUUUGCCUUUAAUUUGUUGUUUAUUAUUAUAUUUACAAUAAAACACAGAAAAAAUAUGAUUUGUGAUAAUCUGACAAUACAUUAAUACAACAACAUAAGACAAUGCAAUAAUAACAAAAUAUAACAGUUAUUCCCGUUUAUUACAUAAAAUGUUUGAGUAAAGAAAGCCAAUAGUACGAUGGCUGGGAAGUUCAAAUCAGUGUGAAACACUUUAACGUUUCAGAAUUCAAAUUAACCAA